AUGUUAAAUUUCUGCCUUGGCCUUCUAUUUCUUGUCCUCGGUGUUCUCAAUUUGCAAGUAUUUUCUUUGCCUGAACCCAAGGCGUUUGUGAAAGAUGUCUUCAAGAUCCAUACCUUGGUCCAUAGUCGUCUCGCUAGGAGGAAUCUUAAUGCUACCUCAUAUGAGGCCUACCAGAUCUCGGACGGGACCGCGGGGACUGCAAAAGAAGCUGCCGGCAAAUUGUUGUUGGAGCCUUACAACUUGACCUUGUCAUCUGAUCUGGAAGUUUUACCGCUAGAAGCAUUGAAAGGCAUCAGCAAGGAUGACAUUAAAGCAAUGUUCAAAAUAGGACAUGAUGGAAAUAUCCAGGAGGUGGAGGGAUUCCUUCCAGCAAUCAGGGCUGCCAAAAAGAAGAAAGACUUGUUUAACAAGCUUAACAGGGGGAUGAUUGCCAACAAGGUCCUAAAGCUGUUGGCUCAAGUCGUGGGUUGUGCUGCUCAAAUCGCCCAAGGCGAUGAAACGAUAAAACUUAAAGAACACCUUAAAACAGAGCAAAAGAAGUUGGCCCACAAUCUCAAGACAGAUGAAGAAAACAAAGGGAAACCGAUGUCUUCAUUUCUCUCUGUUACAUCUGACUCAAAGAAAAAGAAGAAGCCAAAGGAAUGA